UUGUUGGUCUGUGACUGAUGGCGCCCGACUCGACCAUCGACAGAUCGCUCAUUUAUUGUCAGACAUCUUCCUAAUAUUAUCAUUGCAUGUUCGAGACUGAUGCUGGCUAGUGGUCGGUGGGCGAAAUGAUCGCAGUGUUCAAACUUCGUUGAAUAUUCUUAGAUCAAAGACUACAGUGUAAUCAAAUCAUAUGUUCUGACAGUGCAGUGAUAUUUAGCAAAAUGAGUGCGCAAAAGAAUAUCGAUACCAAAGUUCCAGAUGACGGAAAUACAGAUUCUGGUUUUCUUUCUGGACCUAUUGACCCUCUAGACUCUGGUGACCUAGGUGUGCCCUCAGAUAGGAUCAGUGAAACAGUGAAAUGUGAUAUUAUAGUAGAAGAUGAAACACCAGACAGUGGUUUAGAUUUAUGUACAAGUUUUUCAAAUUUGGACUUGAAUACACCUCUUCCAACACACACUACGAAUGUGAGUGAUAGGGUAAAAGUGCAAAACCUACCUCAAACACAUUUACUUUUCACACAAGAUGUGGAUGGAGACACGCAAUUACACAUCGCAGCUGUCCACGGUUCAGAGAAGUUUGUGGGCAUCCUCAUCCACUUAUGUCCAGACAAGUCAUUACUAAAUAUACAAAAUGACUACAGACACACACCCCUGCAUCUAGCUGUAAUGGGUGGUUAUGCAGUAGUAGCAAAAAUGUUAGUUAUAGCAGGAGCUUCUUUGAAUGCUAGAGACAUUUGUGGGAGGACCCCGGUCCACAUAGCAGCUGAAACUUGUGAUGUGGAAUGCCUUAAAGCGAUGCUAGCACCAAUAGAAGAACAACCUCACAGAAAAUUAUCAUCUGUCCUCAACCAGAAAGACUUUAAUGCUAUCAACUUACAACAACGUUAUCGAGAUGUGUUAGAACGCCGCGCCGUUGUCCUUACUGAAUCAUAUCGUAAAAACCCAUCAAAUGGUUUUUCCAAUUGUCCUGCACAAAAAUACUGUUUUAAUAUUUCAACGACAUCAAGUCCAUAUCUUUUAAGAGAUUAUGAUAAAGAAAUGCGGAAUCCAAAAUUACCUGUUUCCUUUACCUUAUUAGCGUUACAAAUAAUGGACAAAGGUAAAGAACAUGAUAAAUACUUCUUCGAAGGCAUACAAGCCGCUGCGUCACUUAGUUGUUUACGUGCUCACGCUCGACUAGCGGUGAGCGCCGUCAAGGACUCCUCGUUCAAUGUCACAAAAGACGGCAAUCGUAGUGAUGGACCGGGUUAUACCCACGUGAAAGCAGUUGAUACGCGCACGGUAUUUCCUAAGUCUGAUGCGCCACUAAAUCAGAUGCGCAUUUCUAAUAUCAACCCACACCAUUCUCUGAAAUGUCGGCUCCCAGCACAUCUAUAUUCGGCGAGGCCAGCGGUCGCACGCGCAGCCGCUCGCCACUCCGCAUUAUUGGGAAAACCCCAUGUGCGCUCCCCACCGCCCCGCCCCGCCCCGCCCUGCCCUGCCGCGUUCCUCGACCCGUCUCUGACGACACGUCAGACGUGCGUACAUUUGGCCGCGACCGCGGGUCACAUCAAGACAUUGCAGACGUUGGUUUACUAUGGAGCUGACAUCAACGCCAGAGAGGGCCUGGCCGGCUGGACGGCGCUGCACAUAGCGGCGCGGCGCGGCGACGCGCGCACGGCGCAGUACCUGCUGGAGCAGUGCCCGGGCGUGGCGCGGCGCGCGCGCGACUGCGGCGGCCGCUCGGCGCGCCGGCUGGCCGCGCGCACGCCCGCCGAGCGGCUCUUCGCCGAGCGCCGCCACGACAGCGACUCGGACUCGGACACGGACGACGACUAUGACAGCGAGGGUGAAACAUUAUUCGAGAAGCUUCUAUCGAAACCCAACCCGAUCAAUGUUGCAUGAGAGCCGAGCCCGGGGUGCUCCGGACGAAACAGACGAGUCUGCUUCAACGUAUAAUCGUGACAUCUUCCAACUAUAACAUAUUAGUUUUUAACACCAUAGUUUUAGGGUGAAUAUAUUAAAUUAAAUACCCACCUUAACAUCUACGAAAAAACUUGUGUUCUAUAACAUUACACUCAAGUUUUGCAU